GAUAAUAGCUCGUGCAGCGACGGACAGGAGUGUGAAAGAGGGGAAUAUCGUAUAGCCACGUAAACCGUACGUCCAUCACUUGUAGUCAGACGAGAUCAACGAUGAAGGAAGAUUAUCCAACGGUGACCUUUCCAUUCUCUCCUCAUCACUUGGGUGCUUCAAGCGUAUCAUCAUCGCGUAGCGAAGGCCCAAGAUGACCAGUUUUCUUGGUCUCAAGCUUCACUGGAGGCGAACUUUUGUUGGUGGAGCCACUGGGGUGUGUACUUGUUCGUCCAUAUAUCCUGCUGUCGUCGCUGGUGUAAAGCAGUGGAAUUACAGGGGUAAAGCUCUUCGUCGCACGGUACUCGGCGCGGGAUCUUCAUUCUUGCUUCAGUUUGCGAGUAUGGCUGGAAAUGGGACCAGUAGGUCCUUCGUUGCGUCCGCCAGGAUUAAGGGUAGUUCCUCCGUUGACGAGUUACUGAAGAAUGUGGAAUGGCCAGAGCAGUAUCCCUUCAAGGAGGAGGACUUCCGGCGUUUUGAUGAGUCUCCAGAUUCCUUGUUCUAUGAAGCACCUCGCUUUGUGACACACAUUGAUGACCCUGCUAUUGCUGCUCUUACUAACUACUACUCAAAAGUUUUUCCACCCAGCAACACUCCAGGUGUAAGCAUCUUAGAUAUGUGCAGCAGUUGGGUCAGCCAUUUUCCACCCGGUUACAAACAAGAACGAGUGGUGGGACUGGGAAUGAAUGAAGAAGAGCUGAAGAGAAAUCCAAUUCUUACAGAGUAUGCUGUACAAGACUUAAAUGUGAACCCCAGACUGCCAUUUGAGGAUAACUCCUUCGACAUCAUUACUAAUGUGGUCAGUGUUGAUUACCUGACAAAGCCUCUAGAUGUUUUCAAGGAGAUGUGCAGGAUACUUAAACCAGGUGGAUUGGCCAUAAUUAGUUUUUCAAAUCGUUGCUUCUGGACAAAAGCAAUUUCUAUAUGGACAUCAACUGGGGAUGCCGAUCAUGUUAUGAUUGUUGGGUCGUAUUUCCAUUACGCUGGAGGAUUUGAACCUCCCCAGGCUGUUGAUAUAACUCCCAAUCCUGGACGAUCAGAUCCAAUGUACAUUGUUUACUCUAGGAAGCUCUCUGCCGCUUAAGAGAUGUAAACUCAGAACUAGUCAAAUCAUUUAGUCUUGUUGUCUUUGAUACGAUGAAAUAGUUUAUUCAUAUUGCACAUAAUUUGUUUUAGUAUUUUGACACUUUUACACGAGUUCUUUCAUGUACUGUAAA